CGCGGCGUCGCUAAAGGAUAUGAGAGAUGGCAAGUCCAGAUAAAAGUAAACGGAAGAUAUUAAAAGCCAAGAAAACAAUGCCUACAAGUUGCCGGAAGCAAAUAGAGAUUCUGAAUAAGUCGAAGAACAUUGAAGCACUGAAAAUAACAGCAAUUGGGAGUAAUGUUCCUGGGAAUAAUGUUCUAAGUAGUAAUCAGAAUUUAAGUACUGGUGUCAUAACUAGCAAAUGUAUACGUUCUGAAGACGUUGCUUCCUCACUGGACUCUAACAGAAAUUCGGUAUUCUUACAGAGCAGUGAAGUAUUCCCUCAGAAUUUAAUUAAACCAUUAGAAGAAAUUGUUAACUCAGAAACAGGAAUGGAAUAUGUUUAUGAACAAGAUGCAUGUCCACAUCAAAAGCCAAGUAAAGCAACAGAUUCUCCCAACAAACUCUUUAUACAAGAGGCAAAAUUUUCAGGAAACACUUUUGAAAACCAGUCUGAAAACCAUUUUGAAUAUCAGGCAGCUGUAACAAGAUCCUUUUUUGAACUAGAAGAGGCUCUAAAAUCUAUUUGCUCUCAACCCAGUGUAUUAAGUGAUGUAAUUCAAAUUCCAAAGUCUACAGUAACCAAUACUUUGGAUGAUAAGAGAAUGGACAAGAUGGCUUCCCACUUAGAAACAAAUUUCAACCCAAAGUCGCAUGAUAAAAGGCAAAAUGACAAUAUUUUAAGUUCAGACUCAAAUUUUGUGCCUGUUGAGAAAAUACCUCUCUUGGUGAAUUCAGUCAACUCCAUCUGUGCUGCUGAGGUUUUAAAAACUGAGAUAUCUAGUCGGAUCUGUCAUUCCAGCAUUUCAAAUUGUGAAAGUAAAGAGGCGAUGUGGCAGUUAUCACUUGAUGCUGAUAGUAAUCACAGCUAUUAUCAAAAGAAGAGGAUAUUUUCAGAAAACAAAGAAAAUGUUAAGCGCAUGAAAACUGCAGAGCAAAUUAAUGAAAAUAUUUGUGUGGCUCUGGAAAGACAAACAGCAUUGCUGGAGCAGGUCAGACAUUUGAUUCGACAGGAGAUCGGUAGUAUAAAUUACAAACUAUUUGAUAAUAAACUGAAAGAAUUGAAGGAACGCAUUGGGAAGACACUGUGCAUGAAUAAACAUGAAGCAAUAGCUGAUGAACUCUUCGCAAAAAUAGCAAAACUUCAAAGACGUAUUAAAACAGUAAGGUUAUCUCAAAGGAAUUGUUUACAACCAAACAUACGAUCCAGUAAUACAAGCUGUGAGGUUAUAAAUUCAGAAGGUGUGAAUAAGAAAGCAGAGUCAUUUAAUAGUCUAGUUGAAAGAAUGACUUCUGUGAACUAUGAACCAUCUUCAAAUAAAGCAAGUGAAAAGAUUAAUUUGUUACUGGACUGUGAUGAUUCUGUUUCUGAAAGUAACAAUGAUGAUGUUAUGUUGAUUUCUGUGGAAAGUCCUAAUUUGACAGCUCCAAUUACAUCAAAUCCAACAGAUACUAGAAAAAUUACAUUGGGAAAUUCCAACAAUUCACCUAGUGCUGAGACUGAAGUUAUGGCUAUACAGAAGAAACUUGCUUCUAUAAUUGAUUUGACGAGAGAAGGCCUAUCCAACUGUAUCACAGAACAGCCAAUAUCCACCCUGGAGUCACCUUCAAAAGCUGUUUUAAACUCUAAAGAAACAAUCCCAGUGGCACAAAAUGCAGCCCAGGUUCUUGAGUCCUUUGAGCACCUACCACCUCUUCCUGAACCACCUCCACUGCCACCUGAACUGUCAGACAAAAUCCGAGACACACUUCCUCCCCAGAAGCCUGAGCUCAAAGUCAAACGAGUUUUGAGACCCAAGGGCAUUGCCCUAACUUGGAACAUCAGCAAAAUUAAUCCCAAAUGUGCUCCUGUGGAAAGCUACCACCUCUUCCUGUGUCAUGAGAACUCUAAUAAUAAGUUAAUUUGGAAGAAAAUUGGAGAAAUUAAAGCAUUACCACUCCCAAUGGCAUGUACUUUAUCUCAAUUUUUAGCUUCCAACAAAUAUUACUUUACCGUCCAGUCAAAAGACAUUUUUGGGCGGUAUGGACCAUUUUGUGAUAUAAAAUCUAUUCCUGGGUUUUCUGAAAAUUUUGCCUAAAAAGAAGUCUAUAAUAAUUAUAUAUAAAGUACUUUUUUUAUUAUUUGUUUGUUUACAACAUUAGUUUAACACUAUUUGCCAUUUAUAUACGCUAGUUCAGAUUGUGAACCUUUUGUACAGGGACAGUCCUCUUACAUAUGUUUAAGUGGCUUAUAGUUUCAUGAAUUUGAUUUGUAUUAAAUAUGUACUUUAAUAUGUAUGGAUAUGUUCUGAAACAUACAUUAUCAUGGACCCA